AUGGCGGACAAUGAUGACUCGCUCCAGGAUUUCAAAAGUGAUCCAUCGCAACUUAUUGAGAGAGAAACCCAUGCUCUGGCAGAGUUCGAUCGUGACUUCCACCCGGAUGGGUCUCGGAAUGAUCAGGACAACCCAUUAGACCAGACAUCAAAUGCACAAGCUUCUGGUGGUGGUAAGAUGUCUUCAUUUGACUUGGUGUGCCCUGAAGACGAUUUAUAUGACGAGUCUCUUUCAAAAGAGUCUCUCUCAGAAGCAGGUCAGGAUUCUUUAGAUACAAUGCUUGAGUUCAUACAGCACAGCUCACUAUCUGUAGCUGAAGCAGCAUUUAAUCAAUUGACUCAAGGAGAGUAUGCCAGUAUUGAACCAUUGGCAAAUAGUUUCAGUAAGCCACAAGCUGGCUCUGAGAGGCUAUCAAGUGAAGAAGAAAAUGAAAUAUCAAAGGAAGACUUCCCUAACACAGAAACAAGUUGUGAAAGUGUCAAUCAGGCAAAUGAAUGGGAACAUUUAGGUGCCAGACCAAAACAUAGACCCCCUAAAAAGUACAAUAAUUCCCUAGACUCUUCUUCACCAGUUGACCUGAUUCCUCCACAAGUUGUAGAACCUGUGGCUCAUGGAGUACACAACCCAUUGUUGCCUGAACAUCUUGAAGACAAAAAGGUUGGCCAUGAGUACUGGGAGUGGAUGGCGAGUGUUGAAGUUGGUUUGCUAUCAAGGUUACCUGACACAGAAACAAGGGAAACUUUGAAAGAUAUCCCUCAGCACAAGUUUGCCUUCCUCUUGGAUCAAAUGAAUGAACUAAAGGAAAAGGUAGAACAGCUGACUAAGAAGGUGAAGCUCCAAGAAGAGGAGAUACUAGCUCUUAAAUUGCAAAGACGUGAGAAGAAUAUUUUUCAGCCACAUACUGAAGAUAUUAGGGAGCAUGAGCCUUGUACAACCAGAGGGUCAUCGUCUGACUUUUACCAUAAGAAAGGAAAUCUCCGUAAUGAGACGCAUCUGGUGGAUAAAUCAGGUUCAUUUCGGCAUCAUAGACUUAUUGAAAUCUCAAAUUCCCUGUCAGAAUCAGAGUUACAAAGACUGAAAGGCCUUGUUCAACCAAAACUGGAUAGCUUUAGACUUGCCAAGAUCAGGGAAGGUUCAGAAUUGUUUCAGGAAUUGGAAUCCAGAGGAGAAUUGUCAUGUACCUCUGUUCGAGAUCUUCUAGAAAAAAUCCAUCGGUUUGAUCUAGCAGAGAAACUUGGUUCUUCUUCUCAUGGCAGUGAUGAAUUAUCCGAACAAGACUUUGAUUCACUUCAAGAGGGAGAUCAGAGGGAGGAAGAGUGUGAAACUGUUUGUGAUGCAGAUGAUAGAAAAUCUGAUGAACUGGAAAAAAGCAGGGGAAUGACUGCGUGUAUUGAAGGUGAAGAAGAGGUCUCUGUUGGCAACUACUCAAAUGAAACUGAUGCUGGAACUAGUACUGGGGAGGAUCUGUAUGAAUCAAGUUCAGUAAUUAGUUUACAGCAAGAGAACAUGGCUGGUUUGAAUCAAGAUUUUUUUUCACUUGGAGGCACAUCAACUUGGAACAGUAUCUCAGGUGCAAGGAACACUGACCAGAUAGAUACAGUCAUAGAUCAGUCUAAUUCCUAUGUGAGCAAUAGGUCAAAUGAAUGGGAGCAUUUAGGAGCUAGACCUAAACACAGACCCCCCAAAGAUGCUAAAGACCCUCCUGCAGAAGCUUCUUCACACCAUUCAUUGUUGGUUGACCCAGGCCCACAUCAAAUGAAUGAAUUUUUGUACUACAACAAUGCAGAGAAGGAUCUGUCACCACAGGGAGCUUCCUAUAUGGAAGGCAUGAUGAACUUGGCUGACUCAAAAAAGGCAAAACCAUACUUUGGGGAUUGUCAAGUUAUUUCAAGGCCUGAUCCAAUAUAUUGCCAAUCACAUUCUUCAUUUAAUCCUCUGACUGGUGGAACAAGUGUUCAAGGAAAUGAUACUUCUGCAUCAUUAGAGUCCACAGACAACUCCCAGCUUGAAUUAGAAGAAGAAGAAGCAUUUGCUUUGGUGGAAAGAGUUAGAGAAAGAGGAGAAAGAGGAGAGUUUUGUCAGGAAAUUGAAAAAAUAGAGCGUGGAAAACAACCAGAAAGAGUACAGAAGAAGAAAGAGAGGGAGGCUUGUCCAGAGGCAAUAGGAACACCUCUGAGUCAGGAGGAGAGGUAUAUUGAGAUGCCAGGCACCUGUAAUGUGGAGUCAUUAAACUCUACUAACAACAGCCCUCUGGCCUUUGUACAAGGUGUCAGAGAUGCACAGAGAAAGGUUUCAGUGAGGAACUUACUGUUCAGAAGAUGGUGGUGCACAUGUUCGGUUCAGUAUGAUCAAGAUGCUGGCCCUGCAAUCUGUACAACUUGUAACAAGUAUCGAUAUCUAGGGCCAUGCAGGGUUAGAGUUCAGAGUUGCUAUGAUGAAUGCUGCAUCUGCCAGAUGCAUACCUCCAGCGGUUUGCAUAUUUUACCGUGCCUGCACAGGGCUCACAUGGAGUGUAUUAUUAGGCUAAUACAGCACAACAUAUUACAUUGCCCAUCUUGCUUUGGUGCCUUUUUUCCGUCAAGUUAAUUGUGCUCCAAGGUGUAGUCCAAGGUUGUUUAAGUAGUAGUACUUCUAAAGAGUGAAUCACUCAAGUCAUGCCUGAAAAACAAGAUUCUGGUUCCUUUUUGAACUUUCUUUAACAUAAACAGUCAAUCACAUCCAUUGCUUUUGUGUAGGAAUCUCCCCCUUCCCUAAAAAAGACUGGUGAGGCAAUUAUCAGUUAAGGUGACAUAGGCAGAGGUGAUAACUAGGGAGAGGU